AUGACUUGCGGGGGCCAGCCGGCGAUCAAGUCAGUGCUUUUAUCCUCCCAGACAAGUCUGGUACCAAUUUAUCGACACCGGAGGGAUGAAAGGCUUGGUGUACGAAUACUCUACCUGAAAUCCGUUCCACCUCAGAUUCGUGGAGCGAUGCCUUUAAGAUGUAUGUUUCUUUUAGUCGUUCCAUACACCAGUCUGUCUUUACUUCCGAUUCAUUACUUAAGUUUAUUGCUAAGUUGCUUACAUGAAGAAGGUCCUCAUUGCUACGCUGGUACCCAACCGCGCUACACAAGAAACAUAUGUACCUCUUAA